CGCUGUUUUUGUACCUCGAUGGACUGUUUUGCGGUUCCCUGUAAACGAAUGCGAAAUUUCGGAUUCCAAAAUGCUCGUAAACGGUUUUGGCGAGCAGUACCCUCUGGAGUGCCCCGUAACUGGGGUGUAUGAGGAUCCAGGAUGGAAUUUGCAGUGCCCGAUGGCAAGUCAGUGGUCUAGGCAGCCAGUUAACUCCCAGUGUAGUUAUGGUGAUUAUAAUCCAAACCUUCAAAGUCCUUCAGUGCAGUGUUUUAGGCCGUUCGUUCCUUAUGGACAUGAGAAUGUGGUUCCGUAUUACCCAGUGCAGGAAGUGUAUCAGCAACCAGUUCAGUUUGUUCCUCCUCGUCCCAUGGUCCAUAACCUGCCGUGCCAUGAGCAGCCGGCAUGGGAUUAUAACAGCAUGUGCUAUAACGUGGAUGGUCAGCCAUGUCAGUACACGACUGUAGUUGACUUGGAAGAUUUUAUGAAUAAUGAGAAAAGGAAGGAGAAGUCGCGGGUGGCGGCCCGAUGUCGACGUACAAAGGAGAUGCAGAUCUUCGCAGAGCUCACUGCUGCUCUACCAGCUCGUAAGGAAGAGGUGGAACAGCUUGACAAAGCCUCUGUCAUGAGACUAGCUAUAUCCUACCUGAAAGUGCGAGAUGUCGUGUCUUUGCUCCCAGAAACUGAAUCGGAGCAUCCCAAGAUGAAGAACCCUGAGGGCAUGGAGGAGGUAUCGACAGAGCUCUCGUACAUGAAGGCUCUGGACGGCUUUGUACUCGUGCUGUCUCAACAGGGUGACAUCGUGUACUGCAGUGAGAAUAUCGCCGACCAUCUUGGGGUGUCCCAGAUGGAGAUUAUGGGCCAGAGUGUAUUCGAGUUCAGUCAUCCCUGCGACCACGAUGAGAUACGCGAAGCCCUGCGUUCCAACACCACGGGCCGCCGAGACCUGCUGCUUCGGCUUAAAUGUACCCUUACCAGCAAGGGCAGGAAUGUGCAUCUUAAAUCUGCUUCUUAUAAGGUGAUCCAUAUAACCGGUCACAUGUUAACACCAGCUGAUAAGACAGAACGCAACAACAAUGAAGAUAAGAAACCAGAGCUGGAUGACAAGAAAGUGGCCAAGAAUGGAACUCUGGUGGCUGUGGGCAGACCCAUACCACAUCCUUCCAACAUAGAGAUACCGUUGGACAGCAAAACCUUUUUGUCCAAACAUAGCUUGGAUAUGAAAUUCAAUUAUGUGGACGAAGCAUUGAUGAGCACUCUCGGUUACGAGCCAGACGAACUUGUCGGCCGUUCCAUUUACGAGUACCAUCACGCCGCCGACGCUGCAUCCUUAGUCCAGCAGUUCAAAUCACUGUUUUCGAAGGGGCAAUGCGAGACUGGGCGCUAUCGCUUCCUCGCCAAAACUGGCGGAUACGCCUGGGUCCAAACCCAGGCCACCGUCAUCACCGACAAGCAACAGAAGCCUAUCAGCGUGGUCUGCGUGAAUUACGUCAUCAGUGGCAUCGAGUGCAAAGAUGACGUGUUCGCCGCACACCAAGUGCAGUACGCGGACUUGAAGCCUUUGCUGGCCCCAGCUCCACCAGUACCCGCGCCUGUGUCGGCCUUGAACCAAUCUGAGCACACACCAAACGGUGCAAUAGUCGCCAUCAUUAAUCCAGAGGAGAAACGUCCUAUACCUGUCACAGAGCUCAUAUUCGCUCCGCGAAAGAAAGAAAUGAACAAAGGCUAUCUCAUGUUCUCCCAAGACGAGGGACUUACAAUGCUUAAAGACGAGCCGGAAGAUCUGACACACUUGGCACCCACUGCUGGCGAUGCUUGUAUACCUCUAGAGAACAGUCCUUUCGACAUGUUCGACGAAUUCAUUCUUAACGAUAAUUACUGCAGCCUACUGGGAGAUGAUCUGGCUAACGCGUCGCCGGUAGACUCUUUAACGCCAGAUUCACUGUUGUUGUCUUCUCCCGAAUCACAGGAAAAUGAUUCGUCAUGCGAACAGUCUUCGCUGCUAACAGAGCUGUCACUCGAUGCAUUUGACAGCAACAGGUCAGAUAAUGACAUUGAUGACGGAAACUCGCCUUUCAUCCCGGCUAGCGAUGAGCUGCCGGUCUUGGAACCAGCAGUUAUGUGGGGUGCCUUGCCCGACAAUGUUAGCAUGGCACGACCACAGCCCACAGAAAUGCAAACCACCUCCCCUGCCCCCGCGCUGCAACGUCUAUUAACGGCCACCACCACGGGACCACCACCACAAGAUCUCAUAACCAAUAUUUACUCUGACCAAGGACUACUGCCAAUCAGGAGUGUGUCAUCAUGGGACACGGGUGUCAAGAGAGUAAUGAAGCAAGAGCAGGAGCCGUGCGCAAAGCGUGUGAAGCGCAGCCCGUCACCAGUACAGUCGACGACGCCGACACAGUCGUCCAGCGUCCUCAUGAACCUCCUGGACCUGCCACAGCAACGCCCACAACAGACCCCACAAAGGCGCCCCAACUACCAAAUGGCUAGGCAACCAGUCCCACAGAAUAACAACAUGAACAACAUCCCACUCCCCGUAAUAAACCUAUUACAAGGCAUGCCAAAUAAGCAAAUGAUGCGCAAUAACCCUCAAAUGAACGUCAUCCGAUCCAAUAUUAGCAGCCCAAUGUCCCCACUGAGUCUAAAUGUAAGCCCCAUGUAUUCCCUACCUUCAAGCCCCAACAGCUUCACGCACAGUCCAGCCAUGAGCCCAGCUCAGAGGGACCGCGUCAUGAGUCCGUACACUCCUCAGUCCAUGUCCCCCGUAGGUAAGUUCCCUCAAUACAGCCCAGGAAGCAGGAUGGUGUCUCCAGUCGGCGUGAUGCAGGGCUGCGACCCUUACCUCAACAACAAAAUGCAACCCAGCCCUAACUUCCCCCUUCAAACCCCAGAAAUCAUGCUCGACAACAACGUACCCCUGACUACCAACGACUUCUGGAACGAGUCAGACAUCAUCCAGGGCGCCAGUGACCUCCUCACCGCACUAGACGACGUUAAACUAGUUUAGCUAUAACACCACUGCGUUCGAAGGAGGCUCCAGAGUGAUUUCCCUAUUUCCCUUGGAACAGUUGUGUAUUGAUUGAAUACUGGAAUUUAACUAAAAUAGCAUUUUAGAAUUCAGUUCUUCACACAAACAUUCCAAUAGAAAUGUUAGUUGCUGUUUAUUCUUUUUGAAAUCACUCGUAUGUAUGCAGGGUCAAAGGGUGAGACACAAUACAAGCCAAAGGGAUUCCAUGCGAUAUUUCAUUGUACCGACGCAACUCGUCGCCUGGCAAAACGUUUUCAUAAAUAAUUCACACUUGAAAAGUAAUUUUAUUCGGUAUGCGUGGAAUCCUUGGUGUGCAACGAUGUGACUUAGAUUAGCAGAUUAUUAUUAUAUAUUGUGUACGUCGUUUUAAUGAAUUACUAUAUGUAUUUUGUAUGUAUCUAGAUAUAUUUGUUGAACGUCUGUUUGGCUAUAUCAUAGUUUACAUAAUUAGUUCUAUAUAAUUAUAAUUAUAUAUGAUGUAGCGUUAAGAAACGAGGCAGAAUUAUAUGUGCUAUGUACGUGUCAAUAAUUUUUACAAAGAAAUUGUUAUGAAUUUUGAUAUAUUAUACAAAAUGUAAUAAAAUUUUAUUAGAAAUACUUAUGUGUAAAUUAAAUUUUCACCUACAUAACUCAAUUUAUUUCUGUCUUGUUUGCUUUUUCGCACAGAUAGAAAGAAAUAAGUAAUAUUAUGUAUCAAUAAAAGAAAUUGGAUUACGGUAUUCGAUAUAGUUUAGUACAUAUAUUUUUACAAUCGGCAAAGAUUUCAUUAAAUAGAAUCAUUUGAACAUUUCUCAAAGAAAGAUUUAUAAAUAGCGUUAAGCGAUUCUAUGUAAGUCUUUUAAUUUAUAUUGUAUGAUCAAACCGUAUACUCAUUUAGUAUUAAGGAAUCAUAAUCUUGUACACUUGUUUUUCUGCGUAUUAAUGUUUCAUGCAACAAAUGUACUAUUUAUUUAUUCGCUACCCACUGCCUUGUGUCAUAUAUGCACAAUUUAAUUUCUGAACAUGAUUUCGAAAGGUGCCUUGAGGUCCACGCACACUCGAAUAAUAUUUAUGUGUUUGUUUUAUGGCAAUCAAAUAAAAAAAAUAUAUAAAUUCGCCCUACCUCUAUUUUUCACAAACAGCUUUCUUGACUAAAAACUGUUUUACAAUAUUAGUUUUUAAUCCAAAAGAUUAAAAUUAAUAGUUUUGUUAAGACAGGGUUUUUUGAAAUUUCGGUACUUUGUGAUAGAUAGAGCGAGGUUGAAUUGAUUUUUCUUAGGCACAUAAUACCAAGUUUAUAUUAUUUACCUAAUGUUAGGUAGAAAAGUUCUUGUUUUAGACGUUUCCAGCAAAUGAAACGUUUACGUUACAUGCCGUACAUAUUAAGUACAAUCAGUAAACCUUCUAUCAUUAAAUAAAUUAAUGCAAUUAUUUUUUUCUUAUAAUUUUAAAUCUCGAUAGAUUAUUUACAAAAAAUGUUUAGUCUAUAAAAUUAUAAUUUAGGACGGGAUUGUUAAAUAUCGAUAAUUUGAUCAAUUUGAUUUAUAAGGUUAUAAUAAAAAGAAAAAUAAAGUAUAUAAAAUUACCUAGUGCUUAAGUAUUUUGUUAAUCCAAUAUUACCAUUUUGAGAGCGAGUUUGUUGUAGUAACAAUUAUAACUAUAAUUUUUACUAUUUUAAGUGUAUUUCUGAUAUAAGUGACUACUGCCAACAUUCGUUGUUUCUGUACAUUUUUUUGUGUUGUAUCUGUAUAAAAAUAUAUUAUCUUAUUUCCAUCAAUGUGCCAUAGGAUUUGUAAAAAGUUUACAUAUCCUUUAGCUGUUUGUUUUUCACAAAUGUCCCAAUUCAUCUCGUAAAGUCACACCGAUUUUUAUUGAAAAUAAAAGAAAAAAAUUAAAAUUAAAUUGUAAAUAUAAAUCAAAUUGUUUUAUAUAUUUAGAGAAUAAAUUUCUGUCAUUGCAU